CAUUACCAGGCGUACAGAUCAGAGCUGGGGAAACCUGGGAGAACAGCUAGAGACAUAUUCUGAGACCGUCAGUGGAAGUCAGAACCUAAAAGCUAAAUGGAGUUGGAUAUUUGUAUUUCAGAGUUUAAAAGACAUUGAGGAGGAUUGGAGAUCUCCCGCUUGCUCCAUAGAAAGGAUUUGAUGGAUUUUACCAUGACUUCUGAAGCUGCUGUUUGGGUAUCCAAAGGUGCUGAGAGUCAUGAAAAUGUCUGACAUGGGAUAAAAGCAGAGCGACAGCUUUCAAACUUGAAGUCCAUAACCUGCCAUGACCUGAGCAGUAGUAAAGAUGCCAGGGGGGCAGUACCAGGUGUCCACCAGGAGGAGGACUCUCCACAGCCGCUAUAGCCUGUCAGUCAGCUCAUUGGGUCGGCAGGAUGAGGAGGAGGAUACCCCGCCACCAUGCCUCAGCCCUCUGGAGAAGCUCACCACCAAAAUGUGUCAGGAUGAGCAGACCAUCCAGGAGCUGAUCGUGGGCCGUAGGAUUGGCUUCUACAAGGUCCGAGACAAGGUGGCCAUCAAGGUGCUGGAUAAGAUGCGGCUGGAUGUUCAGGCCCAGAGGCUGCUCUCCAGGGAGAUCUCCAGCAUGGAGGCCCUGCAGCAUGCCAAUGUGGUGCGUCUGUACGAGGUGGUGGAGUCACACAGCCGACUCUACCUGGUGCUGGAGUAUGCCGGGGGAGGGGACCUCCACACACACAUCUGCUCCGAUGGCAAGCUGUCAGAAGCCGAGGCCAAGAUCACCUUCGCACAAAUCCUAUCCGCCAUCAAACACAUGCACGACAAAAACAUAAUCCACCGGGACCUGAAGGCUGAGAAUGUACUGUACACCUGUAAUGGCUGUGUGAAGGUGGCUGACUUUGGCUUCAGCACCAGGGUCACCAACUGCAGUGACACCCUGGACACCUUUUGUGGCUCUCCCCCCUAUGCCGCGCCUGAACUCUUCAGGGACGAGUGUUAUGUGGGGCCGCCAGUGGACGUAUGGGCCAUGGGCGUCCUGCUCUUCUUCAUGUUGACUGGCACCAUGCCCUUCCGAGCCGAAACCAUGGGCAAGCUGAGGCUCGCUGUUAUAGAGGGAGUCUACACCCUCCCACCCUGGCUGCCAGGCCCAUGCCAGCGGCUGAUUCGGGGCAUCCUGAAGCCUCUGCCAGUGGAACGCUAUGCGGUGGACCAGAUGCUGGGUUGUGACUGGCUGCUUCCUGUGGAAUACCCGUGGACUGUGGUGCCACCGGUCCCCCUCAACCCUCUGCGCCUGGCGGAUGCAGAGCCUGGGGAGCUGGAUGAGGAGGAGGAGGAGAUCAGGGCCUCCCUGGAGGAGCUGGGUGUCAACAUGGAACACAUACGCAACAAUGAGGGCAAGGACAGCCGCAGCCCCAUCACCGGACUUUACCGCAUCCUCUUACACCGUGCCCAGAAAAGGCGUGGCGCUGAGACUGUGCCUGUGGUCGGAGGGUUGGUCCGGGACCCUAAAAGAGAGGGCCUCCGAGCUUACAGAAGUCUGAUGCACUCCUCCAGGUUAUGUGUCCUUCAGUAAGUGACCAGCCUGGACGUGGGUCCUUGUAAGCCUGCUUUAAUCCAUUGAAAAUUCACUCAGGGUCAUACAGCUACAAAUGUUUUAUUGCACUUUGGGAUGAAAGUGAAAAUAUGUUUUGUGUGAAUGUAACACAGGAACCUCUGUAGAUUAACAGUUGUGGUAACACACAGAUACUGAAACAUUGGACUGCUGGUCAUGAUGUCUCUAACAAAGUAAGAUUGUUAUUGGUAAUCUUUUGUGAAGCUGAAAUAGAGAUGUAAAAGUGCCUGAUGAAAUAAUGAGUCCCAUCAAAAUGAAUUUAAGAAGCACCCUUUUUAGUAUAGAAGUGAUACUUCUACGCACAAUUGGCCUAGCGUCGUCCGGGUUAGGGAGGUUUUGGCCGCUAGGGAAAUCCUUGUCUCAUCGCGCACCAGCGACUCCUGUGGCGGGCCGGGCGCAGUGCGCGCUAACCAAGGUUGCCAGGUGCACGGUGUUUCCUCCGACACAUUGGUGCGGCUGGCUUCCGGGUUGGAUGGCGCUGUGUUAAGAAGCAGUGCGGCUUGGUUGGGUUGUGUAUCGGAGGACGCAUGACUUUCAACCUUCUUGUCUCAUCGCUACAACUCCCUUCCUGGUUCGGGAGAGAUGAUAGUAGCUACUAAACAAUUGGAUACCACAAAAUUGGGGAGAAAAAGGGGUCAAAAUUCCACACACAAAAAAAAGAAGUGAUACUUAUAUACUUUUAUUCAUAGCACAAUAGAGCGCAUGAAAUAUGAAGAAUGUGCUGAAAGAGCAUUGCUUUAAGACAACUCCUUGGUUGUUUGAUGAAACAUCGAUAGUCUCUGAAAUCAGUAUGCUUGUUUGUCUUCGUGAUUUUUCUUGCCCUUAGAGAAGACUGAUUUUGUGCAGGUGAUUGUCUCUGUAUUAUAUUCGACCACCAAAUGGAACUUUUACCAUUGUGGCUUAUUGAUGCUCUAAAUAAAGCGCAAUAAAGACUUAA